GCGCAGACGAGCGCCGCCUCGUAAGCACCGGCCUUGCUCGCCGGAGAAAACAAACUGCGCGGAUAAGAGAGUGAGCACGCGGCGCGCGCGCACAGCCACACUGCACUUACUAUUGUUCUCAGUGCACUUGGAAUAAAAAAUUCCGUCAAAGAAAGGUUGGUGUGAAGCACACAGCAUGACUAAGACGCCUCCUCACAGGCGAGGGAUCACGUUCGAGGUGGGGGCGCCAUUGGAGGCCCGGGACAGUCUGAAGAACUGGUAUGCUGCCAGCAUUGAGAAGAUCGACUACGAGGAUGAGAAGGUCCUGAUUCACUAUAGACAGUGGAGUCAUCGCUAUGAUGAGUGGUUCGACUGGAGCAGCCCCUACCUUCGGCCUGUGGAACGAAUCCAGCUGCGGAGACAGGGUCUGCAGGAGCACAACAUGGCCCCGGGUUUUCAAAUCAACCAGAAGGUUUUAGCCAGCUGGUCAGACUGCCGAUACUAUCCUGCUAAGAUCCUCUCCCGUGAUAAAGAAGAUUCUUACACGGUGAAGUUUUUUGAUGGUGUCGUUAAGACCGUGAAAGGGAUAAAGAUUAAGCCUUUCAGAAAGGAGAACGCAAGCAACAAGCCGGGGCAGCCAAGCCGAAAGCGGGCAGCAGGAAAAAACUGUAAGACCAAAGAAAACAGAAGGAACCAUCAGGAUGGCGAGACAGAAUCGGAGGAAGAAGACUCAAAAGUGACAGACGAGUGCGGCAAGCUUCAGGACACCAUGCUGGCUGAAAAGGAGCCGUCAGAAAUGGCGAACGGACACGAAGCGCAGGAGGAUAAGCCGUCCAGUGAAGAGAUGAAGACAGAAGCACAGGAGAACGGAGGAGGGGAAGUGAUGGAGAUGAACGGAGGAGGAGAAGACGAGGAGAAAGUUGAAACACUUCAGAACGGCGCCCAUGAGAGCUGUGGAGAGGGACAAGAGAAAGACGAGAAAGAAAAAGAGGCCAAUCUUGGCCAGAACAGGAGAGCAAGAGGCAAAGUAGCGGAGGGAAAAGACACAGAACGGGCUAGUGUUCCAGAGCUGAGGAAGAGACGUGCGUCCACGGGACAAACUCCUCCAUCCAAGAGGAGCAGAGCCAAUACUGCAGACAGAAACAGUCGAUCCCAGAUAAGACCUGCUAGAUCAGAUUCUGUCCCAGAAAGCCUCAGUGAUAAGGAUGGUCUCUGCAAGACAGGUCUUCUGGAGAGCCCCAAGCCUGUUGUACAGACAGCGUCUACUCCUGAUCUCGCCACACUGCUGCAACGACAAGUCCACCUCCCAACCACCAAUAAGUACAGCAGGGAACCAUUGUACAGGGUCAUCAAGAACCAGCCGCCGCCCAUCCUCUCCAUCGAACUGGACCAUAACCCGUUUAAGUGCCAGGUGCCAGGCUGCACCAAGUCCUUCCGCAAGGCGUCUCUGCUGCACUAUCACAUGAAGUACUACCACUCUGAGAGCGAGCUGUGCUCUUCACACAGCGCCCACGCGCACACCUCCGAACCUCAGGCCCAGGAGAGCCACACACACACCGCUGAGACUCCACGCAGACGUCGCACCGUUUCUGCAUCACUAGACACUCCGUCCCCGCUGAGUGACAGUAAAUCCAGUCACACCCCGUCACCCCAUACUGCCAACGGUGUGCAUCGUCAGCGCAGCUCCUCCCACUGCGAGAGAAGCAAAGAGAACCAGCACACCAACCGCGCGCUCCAUGACGACAGAGACUGGGUCACCAUGGAAACAGAACGAGAGAAGAGGAGAGAAAAGAAGCAGAGGGACUUCUGCAUCAAGUCAAAGAAGAAGAAAAAGAAGAAAAAGAGGUCCAAGUCAGACUCUCACGGCAGUGAUAAGAGCAAUGGCUUUAGCUCGUACCCCUGCAAUCCAAAACUGUCACUCAAAUUGCCCCUCUCCCACAAACACCGCUCCUACGCCGCACACUUCCCCGAACCAGAGCUCGAUGAUGGUGAAGACAGUGGCAGUGAUUGGUCUACAGACAGCCCUCUGUGGAGCGAGGAGGAGUCAGAGACGGGGCUCGAUCUGAACACGCCUUUCUCUGAGCAGGGGGUGGAGACGGUGGGUCAUGACUCAGAGAUAGUGCGCUGUGUGUGCGAGGUGCAGGAGGAGAACGACUUCAUGAUCCAGUGUGAUGAGUGUUUAUGCUGGCAGCAUGGCACAUGCAUGGGCCUGUAUGAGGACAGCGUCCCUGACACCUACAGCUGCUACAUCUGCAGGGACCCACCUGCUCAGAGACAGAGUCAGCGCUACUGGUACGAUAAGGACUGGCUCAGCAGCGGUCACAUGUACGGCCUGCCCUUCUUAGAAGAAAACUACUCUCAUCAGAAUGGCAAGAAAAUGACAGCCACGCAUCAGCUCCUGGGCGACGUGCACCGUGUGUUCGAAGUGCUCAAUGGCCUGCAGCUCAAAAUGAGCAUACUGCAGGCUCAGGCUCACCCAGACCUGAAACUGUGGCGGCAGCCCUGGAAGCCCUCUGACGGCAUACUCAGGAAGGGGACGGGGCAUUCCGGCAUGACCACGCCCUGUCCCUCAUCCCCUCAUGCAGCGGACUCCACAGACGAUCAGCCGGUCAAUUCCAAACAGCCCGUGCCUCCCGCCUUCUCCUUCCAGACGUCUUACAUCAGCAGCGAGCACUGCUACCAAAAGCCACAUGCGUAUUAUCCAGCACUGGAGCAGCGGCUGGUGGUGGAGACACGCAGCACCGAGGAGCUUCUGGAGCUCGAGACGCGCAAACUGCAGCUGACCAACGCUAAGGAGUUGGAGUGUCGCAUGAAGCUGCUGGCGGCGGCUGAAAGAGAGAAGAGCUGUGCGGCCCAGGUUAAGGAAGAGGAGCCUGACCCGGAGACCUGUGACUCCAAACCCGACCCCGACCUCCUGCUACACCAGCAGUGGCAACUGAACCUGCUGGAACACAUCGAGGCUGUGCAGGACGAGGUCAGCCACAGGAUGGAUCUCAUAGAGCGGGAGCUGGAUGUUUUAGAAAGUUGGCUGGACUACACAGGUGAGCUGGAGCCUCCAGAACCUCUGGCGCGGCUCCCGCAGCUCAAACACCGCAUCAGACAGCUACUGACAGACCUGGGAACAGUGCAGCAGAUCGCUUUGUGCUCCUCAUCCACAUGAGGGCGUCAGCACACAGCUCUCCUCACAGGUCUCCUCGCAAACCUAUAGUACAGGAGAGAUGGAAUUUAAAAAAAGACAGACUUGAAUCUGAACUAAAGAAGAUAAAUAAGUGGUAUCAUGCUCUGGGGAGAACUGCGAGCCAAAACAAACCAACCCAUGAGACAAAAAGGAAGAGAGAAAUUACUUGAACGUUUAAUAUGUUAAAAGGUUUGAAUGUAAUUCAGGGUUGUGGUUCAAGAUUAGGCAUCAAUUAUGCCUGUUUUUUUUUUUUUUUUUUUUUUUUUUUUUUUCUUUUCUUUUUUUUUUUUGUUUUUUUUGAAGGACUAUAAUGUUUAUGGCAUUACACGCAAGGGAUAUUAUUUUGGUUAUGAAACAAAUUUUUUAGCACUUAAAUUUGUUAAUUAUCCUCAUAUAAAGUUCUAUUUUCUUUUGGUUGGUUGGUUGAUUUUCUCCACGUCGUUGCUGAUGUUAUGCAAAACCACCUUUUCAUACGUGACCUGUUUGUCAAGGACUGUUUGAAUAUUCAACAUCAUCAUCAGACGAAGAGACUCUGAGGCAGUGACUGGUUUUGCAGCUGUUGAAGUAAACAUGGAAAUGUUUAAAGGAACAUCUAUUUUAAUCUCAAAGUACUUGCAUCUUGCUUUUAUAUUUGUAUUAAAUAGACAAUGUAAGUUGCCUAUAUGUAAACUUUAAUUCAUGUUUUUCUUGUUUUGUUCUUUUCCAUAACUGUAAUGUUAUUUACUGUGACUGAGUCUGCAUUCAUAAUAAUAAUAAUAGUAAUAAUAAUAAUGAUAAUAUAACGUUACCUUUAUCCCUUUGUAAAUUCUGUAGUACUGUUUUUCUCGUGCCAGCCUCGGUUUUGGACAUGAUCGCUUAUAUUUGUUUCCUAUGAAUGAAAAUGUUUUCCCUGCCAUAUUUAACAAGCACAAAAAAAAAGGGUAUCAUAUUUAAUUUAAAAAAAAAAAAAAUUCACAAGCUCUUACAGCAUACUGUACUGUUAUUUCUGUUUUUUUCUCUUUUUUUUUCUUCCAUUUCCAUUUUAGGGCACUAGCUGCCCUUUUAACUUAUUGUAACUGAGAAUUUAAGUUAUUGAUUCUGCUUUUUUUUUUUUUUUUUUUUUUAAACCCGCAGUUGGUGUGUGUGAGUGUGUCUAUAGGCUGAGGUGUUGGCCAGAAUGAUGUCAUUUUGAGUGUGUGUGUGUGUAUCAGAGGAGCAGAUGGGCCCUCAGUGUGUGUUCAGCAAGAGAGUGUCAGAGUUCAGUGCUCACGCCCAAAAGUGUUUCAUUUGAAUUUCAAUUCUUAUCUUGCGCCAGAUAUUCCAGAGCAACACAUUCAAAUGCAACAAUGUCUACGUUUAUCCAAUCCGAUCCUAAAAGUAUGGAAGAGGGUAGAUGCUGUUUAUACUUUUCUAAACUUCAUGCUUUUCUUUAUGUAGCCUGUGACCUGUAUGCAGCCUGUUCUCUGUGCUUUCACGUUGCUGUGCAUUGUGUUGCGUGUCUGCCCUCUUGCAUCACCAGUCACUGGAAGUUCAGUAAUCAGACAUGAUUUUAUUUUAUAAAACCUAUGAUUUUUUUUUUUUUUUUUUUAAGUGCUUUUGUGUGGCGUCCAAGUUCUCCUGGACUUCUCAAUUAAAAAUCCAUUCUCCAAACCGCCAUGGAAACUGGAGAAAUUCUUUGUCAAUGAUAAUAAUGCAUUAGCUGAAGCCAAGAAAAAUAAAUAAUGUCCUGUACGCACAGCUUCCAUAAACCUA